AGCACGCGCGUUAUCAGUCGUAACCCACAGUUUCCUAAGUUCAGGUCUGCCUGCGCGUAACGGUGCAGCCCAGUAAAAUGUAUACUAACAAUACUCGGAUUCUUUUGUUGAAAAAGAGUCGUCGAUUCACAAAAUUGAAUAACAGCACAGGUUCAUUAUCCUUUGAUACCAGAAUUGAAUAGAAAUUUAUAUCAAUAAAAUUUGCAAAUAAAUUUAGUCGAAUUACCAUUAAUCGGACGUGACUAAACAGUGUUGAAAUUAUCGGUACUAUGGUGCUAUAAAAAUCAAACUAGGAGUGAAUUUAUUUGGAAACGUAAGGAAACAUUUUGGGAACAGUUUAAUUAUAAUAGUUUUUAAAGCAUUUCUGGUAAUCUCUCGGUGUAAGGACAGGACGUGACAAAAGGAUAAUCAAAUGCAAAGCCGUACCGCCAACUACCGGCCAAGCGAGCAGCGUCGUCGAUGGAGAGGGGCAAUAGUAGAUAGCAUAUUGCUCGUUACUGGCUCUAUGCAACCAUCCACGUUUGUCGUUCGCCGGAGUUUACGUACGGUGCAUCGACGGUUCCCGAGAGAAGGACCGAGCGAUCGGAACUCGGCAAUGCCACCUGAUUCACCGUGAGACCUGAUCAUGGGACUUUAUCGCGGUCGAGCGCGAGUAUCCACCGUCGAGCAGCGAGUUCGACGAAGUUACCGGAAGUUCUACCGAAACGGAAGUGGAUAGCGUUCUGUGGUGAACAGUUUUGCAUUUAAUCGAAAAAACAAGAUCGAAGGUUUGCAAUUAAAUAGAAGGAUAGACUGUUUGAAAGCGAAGAACGUGGGACGUCGCUGUCCAUAGUCAACGUUGUUUGCCACUGGGUGCUGCUAAACCGACGACUUAAGAUAAACGCUAAUUAGACUUGGUAUCAGCCAUAUGCCGUUUACGUGGUGCACUCGCUAAAUUUACUUCCAACAGGUGCGUCGACUGAAUGGUGAACGAUGAUUUCUUUGGCCCUUGGGGCCAGAUCGUCCUCAUCGUGGAGGUCGCGUCUGUCGCCCUCGUCGCCUUGCUGCUAAUCGCUUGUUUCUGCACCCCAGGAUGUCCCGGAUACGAAUACGUCAGAAAACGAAGGAGGGAGGUAAAAAGCGUGCCGUUACGUGUCAAGAGCAAACAGAAUGAAAACGUGAAGCUGAACGACGUCAGCUACAGAUCAUGGAGAUUGGGUAGCCUCUACGAAAACAGCAGCAAUGCUACGAUCAACGAGAACGUCGAAGUGAAUUCCUGGAAUUCCAGCAGUCCUCAGCUCGGUUUCGCCGACACCUCAUCGACGCUGAAUUUGGUGCAAAAAGAUAAAGUGAAGGAGAAGAAGCAGAAAGAAUUCCCAACGGAGUUGACGAUUAGUUUGCAGUAUCUACCACCCUGCGACGAGAUCACCGGGAAGCUUGCCAUUGGCAUCGAGGCGUUAUCCGGCCUUCCACCAAAGCAAUACAACUGCACCCUGGAGCCGUAUGUGGCACUGAACAUCGUGAAGCAGUCGUGGAGCCACAGGAAACGGCAGAAAUUGCACAGCUUCCGCACGAGAGGCGUCAGGCACACGGCGAGUCCCAUUUUCAAGGAGACGUUCGUCGUCGCAAACGUAAAGUCUCAGGAAGCUAAGGAUUGGAUUCUCAAUUUCGCGGCGUACGAUCACGACAGAUACGCAAACGAUACGGAAUUAUGCAAUUUGCAAGUAUCGUUGAAAGAAGUGAGACGCGUUCUGCAGAGUCCGGAAAUUCACAUGUUCAAUUUUGGAAUGUCGCCAUCGAAUGUGGAAUAUGGAAAAAUUUUAUUAGGAAUAAGUUACUUGCCCACAGCUCAGAGACUGACUAUAAACAUUAUGAGAGCGCGCGAUAUCAAGUUCAUGCCAACGGUACCGAGUUUACAAGAGUUUCAUCCUUACGUGAGGAUACUGAUGAUCCACGGGAGAACGGGGCAACGAAUGAAAAAGAAAAAAACGAAACACGUCGCAGGUAGUUUGCAGCCGGAGUUCAAUGAAACCUUGACGUUCGACGUAUCCUACAAUCAACUAGACAUCACGCAAUUUCUCGUGGUGCUCUGCAGCAAAGCUACACCUAUCGAAAUGAGUACCAUCGAACAUCCGAGCGACAGCGAGGAUUCGGUAACGUCGGUUCAGAGGUCGAGAGACUCUUACAUCGGUAAAGUCGCGCUUGGAAAAGGAGUGAGAGGCUCCACUGAGAGACUACACUGGUUUUCCGUACUCCAGAAUCCCAGGAAGCUCGUUACCGUCUGGCACGUGUUAAAAUAAUUAUCGAAACUUUAUCACGCUUUCAGCGUUGUCCGAGGGGCAGUUAAGGGAACUGCAAAUAGUGAAAAAAUGAACGUUAUUGCUCAUGUACGCUCGGUAACGACUAUUCCGCAGGCUGUAAUGUUCUACGACGUGCUAUUAGCGUUUUCAGUGUAUUAGAUGUUUCCACUCGAUUAAAGACAAUUAUGUUUACGAUAAUAGUACAAUAGCCGUGCAGUGCCAUAAGAUAGACAAGUGGAACUUCCGUGAGGAUCGUUUACAGGGUCAAUUCCAAUGUACCUGAAUCUAGAAUCUCUUUUUCUAAAACAUGCUUCUUAAGCGCAGCUUAUAUUGAGCAAUAACGUUUGAUGAUAAAAGAUUACAACCAAAGAUUGUGAAUAUCGUGUUGAAUGUUAUUUAAAAUAUGUACUGAAAUAAAUAUAUUUACGUUCCUAACUGUUACAA